ACACUGAUUGUUUUGUUAUGGUGACAGCUUCAAAAUGGCCGACAAAACGAAAUGAAGAAUUUUAAAAAACACAGCCCUGGCCUUUAAAUUUUAAUUACGGUCCAAAUUAUAACGUAUCAUUGACAGGAAUAUUGUAAAUGUGAAAAGAACAUAAAGAGGUAACUUGUCGAAACCAGAAUGGGUAAGCAGUUGUUAAGACGUCCCAGGGCACCAAAACCAUUGCCACCUUUGCCUGACACACCUGCACCUAGCACUCAUGGUGUAACUACGAAACUCAAUGACUACUUUGAAUCUAUUGAUUUUAAUAUUGACGAUGACGGAAACUACAAAUCUCGAGAUGCCACGACUAUUCGACAUUCUCCAACUCCAAGUGUUGUGCCAAGCUUAGUAUCCCCACCACCGUCAGAAUCUUUGCAUCGCAAGUCAGUGUACAGGACAGCGUACCCCUCACGCCAAAGCAGGAUGUCUGGAGUGAGCAGGGAUGAAAAGAAAUUUGUUCUUGAUCCCUUGUAUAGGGACCACACAAGCUUGGGAACAUACGUUGAUGGAAAGUCCCUGGUCAAACCCUACAAGCCAAGGGGUCCAGACAGCCUGCCAGCUAGACAACCCAGAAAACACCCUGAGAUCACACAUGCCAUAGACAUUGUAGAUGAUAUCAGGUUUUAUCAUCCACCUGCAUUUACACUGAACAAUUUUAUAGUGAAAAUGUCUGACAUUCAUGGAAUACCUUAUCAGAAGGUGUACGGAUAUGUGUCCUCGAGAGAAAACUAUAUCAAGCUGACUAAGAUGAUUGCUGAUGAAUUCAUCAACCCAACAAAUCACGAAAUUAGCCUGCAGCAUUUAACUCCAGAAGGUCAGGAGAUUCCAGCUGCUGAGCCCCGAAUCCCCCAGCGACAGUUGCUCAUUGAGAUGGCCUCCAUGAUCAAGCUGCAUGUCCGAAGUCUCAUGAACACGGAGGUUAAGUCUGUCAUAAGACCACUUCCAAAAUAUGCCCCAGGACAUACCGUUGGUCAGGCACCACACACAGAGAUCAUCCUGGUAGAGGACGACACAGUGGAGAUCAGCAGUCAGAACCAGGUCAUCAAGCAAUCAAGAGAGAAAUCUAGAAUCAAGGAGUACAUUGCACAAACUGAGCUGCCUGCCAAAGACGCAAUGUUUCACUCAGCCCGAUCCAAGUUCUUCCAGGGCGCAGGACGAAGUCAAUCUCCUUUCACCUCCCAGGAAGAUGGUAUCAUAUCUCCAUCAGAGAUCGCUAUCCUGGACUCGCUGAUACAGGGUGGCAAGGCUCUCAGUCUCAAGGCCCACUUCAUCUGUGAAAUGCCUGAUAUUUCCCCGCUGGUGAGGAAUCUGGUGUACCUGAACUUGUCGUUCAAUGAUUUCACUACGUUCCCAGCCGCAGUACUUGGCAUAAGCCAGCUGCAGAUAUUGAAGCUGCGCAACAAUCCCCUCACAGACCUGCCUGCAGACAUACACAGGCUCAAGAAUCUGAGAACACUGGUUGUCUCCUUCUGCAUGAUUCAGUCUCUACCAAUUAGACUGUUCACCCUGGAGCAUCUGGAGUACCUGGAUAUCUCCUACAACAGGAUCACCUUCAUACAGAAUGAGAUUUCACAACUACAAUCCUUGCGAGAGUUGAACAUGGAGGGUAACCAGUUGCCUGCCAUGCCGUCUGGUGCUCUGCGCCUGGAUCUUGAUAGACUCAACGUGAAAAAUAACUUCAUGCAUCCCCUGUUCUGGCAUGAAAACACCCACAAUGAACCACAGCGAUUGGCUGACAUGACCUUAUACACUAUAGCCAGGUCAGAGCUGGGCAAGUCACCAGGACAGUUACCAGAAUCUGUACAGAGGCUUUUUGCAAAGCGUGUGAGAUGUGACUGCUGUAAUGGGUUCAUGUUUGGUCCAGGCCUGAGGAUCAUACGGCCAGUCACCCAGCUGUUUGGCAUAAAAAAUCUGCCGUUUAUGUUUAGUGCGUGCUCCCCACGGUGCCUGCAAGACUUCCGCAGUAGCAAGGAGACACUCAGUGACAUCCUGUAUGGAAGACAGAACAUUGAGUCUUAAUGAACAUAGUGUAUGGGAGACAGAACAUAGAGUCUUAAUGAACAUUGUGUAUGGGAGACAGAACAUAAAGUCUUAAUGAACAUUGUGUAUGGGAGACAGAACAUUGAGUCUUAAUGAACAUUGUGUAUGGGAGACAGAACAUUGACUCCUAAUGAACAUUUUGUAUAGGAGUCAAUACAUUGACUCCUAAUGAACAUUGUGUAUUGGAGAGAGAACAUGGACUCCUUAUGAACAUUGUGUAUGGGAGACAGAACAUUGCUUAUAAUGAACGUUAUGUAUGGGAGACAGAACAUUGACUCUUAAUGAACAUUGUGUAUGGGAGACAGAACAAUUAGUCUUAAUGCACAUUGUGUAUGGGAGACAGAACAUUGACUCUUAAUGAACAUUGUGUAUGGGAGACAGAACAAUGAGUCUUAAUGAACAUUGUGUAUGGGAGACAGAACAUUGAGUCUUAAUGAACUUCGAGUAUGGGAGACAGAGCAUUGACUCCUUAUGAAAAUUGUGUAUGGGAGUCAAUACAUUGAUCCUAAUGAACAUUGUGUAUUGGAGAGAACAUUGACUCUUUAUGAACAUUGUGUAUGGGAGACAGAACAUUGCUUAUAAUGAACGUUAUGUAUGGGAGACAGAACAUUGACUCUUAAUGAACAUUGUGUAUGGGAGACAGAACAUUGUGUCUUAAUGCACAUUGUGUAUGGGAGACAGAACAUUGACUCUCAAUGAACAUUGUGUAUGGGAGACAGAACAUUGACUCUUAAUGAACAUUGUGUAUGGGAGACAGAACAUUGAGUCUUAAUGAACAUUGUGUAUUGGAGACAGAACAUUGAGUCUUAAUGAACAUUGUUUGUUGGAGACAGAACAUUGAGUCUUAAUGAACAUGGUGUAUUGGAGACAGAACAUUGAGUCUUAAUGCACAUUGUGUAUUGGAGACAGAACAUUGAGUCUUAAUCAACAUUUUGUAUGGGAGACAGAACAUUGACUCAUAAUGAACAUUGCCUAUCUUUGAAAAUGGUUAUUUUUAGUAGGUUUCUAUACAGGUGUAAGGUGUAAGAAACAUUGCCACUUACAACUGCUAGACGUUAAGGCUCUCUGUCUUCUAUCAGCUCUUGUUUGAUGUUUCAGUUGUAAACUGUUAAUGAGAUUGUAUUUUUACUAUUAUUACCAAAAUAUACAGUCCUGCUUUGUUGCAGACAUUUUUAUGCCUCCGGAUCAAAUGAUCGGGGGUAUAUUGUUUUUGGCCUGUCUGUUUGUAUGUCAUUCUGUCCUAAAACUUUAACAUAAAACUUUAACCUUGGUUAAAGUUUUGCAAUAACUUUUGCAAUAUUGAAGAUAGCAACUUGAUACUUGGCAUGCAUGUGUAUCUCAUGGAGCUGCACAUUUUGAGUGGUGAAAGGUCAUGGUCAUCUUUUAAGGUCAAAGGUUAAAUAUAUGGCUUCAAAGCGGCGCAAUAGGGAGCAUUGUGUUUCUGACUAACACAUCUCUUGUUGUUUUCAAGCUUGGUAUUGCUUUUGCUGCAUUUGAUAUUGUGAGAGUACAUUUUCUGUAUUCCUUUUCUAUUUUGUGUAUUAAUAAUAUAUAAGAUUGUUUUAACAUGGUUUUUUUCGCAAAUGGAAAUUAUAAAAGUAAAUUUAAAGAG